ACGGCGGUGGCGUCCCAAGAUGGCGUCGUGGCUGCCGGAGACUCUGUUCGAAAUUGUAGGACAAGGCCCGGCGCCGAGCAAAGACUAUUACCAGUUAUUGGUCACCCGCUCUCAGGUAAUUUUUAGAUGGUGGAAGAUCUCUCUAAGGAGUGAGUAUCGAUCAACAAAACCUGGAGAAACAAAAGAAACUCAUGAAGACUUCCUAGAGAAUUCCAAUCUUCAAGUUCAAGUUGCGUUAAUAUUUGGUUCAAGAAUAUUAGACUAUGUCUUCAAUUUGUGCUACGGUAAAUUUGACUUCUUGGAACGGCUCUCAGAUGAUUUGCUCCUGAGUAUCAUUUCUUACCUGGAUCUUGAAGAUGUUGCCAGGCUUUCUCAAACAUCACACAGAUUUGCAAAGCUGUGCUUGUCUGAUAAAUUGUGGGAGCAGAUAGUCCUGUCAUGCUGUGAUACCAUCACUUCUGACAUGAAGGCCCUGGCAGAGGACAUCGGCUGGAGGAAGAUGUUCUUCACCAACAAGCUCCAGCAUCAGCGGCAGCUCCGCAGGAGAAAACAGAAAUAUGGAAGCCCAAGAGAGAAGCAACCUUAGGGACACAUUUUCCUACCAGCAAGGGUGCUGGGGCAUGGUUGUGGUUCUCUUCAAUGUCUAAAUCUCUUCUGUGUCCUUUUCUUAAGAACGAAGAGGUUUUACUGAUUCAAAAGCCAUUUGAAAAGCAUAGAGGAUUUUCACACUAAUACAGCAGACCCCGGCUGCCCAUUGCCUUGCUUGAGUCACUGCCCCUGUUGUUCAGAGGUCAGAACAUGGUUCAAGUACAAAAAUUGCAAGACAGGAAGCCCCACAGGACACCAUCUUCCUACCCCCUGACACUCAUAAGAAAAGAAGCUUCUGCUGUCUAGAAUCAGACAAUAAAUAUUAGCA